AGAAUGUUCCUUUUUUGGGGGUGGGGGGUCUGUGAGAAUCCUAACUGCGUGGGCUGUUGGAUUAAGCCACUGCUGCAGCAUCAGAAGGGGUUUAAUCUACGAGAAGCAGCAGCAGAGAGAGACAUUAUUUCCCAGGCUCUAUUUUACCCCGUUGUCAGUUCUUUUACUUGACUGUACAAGAACUGCUGGGCAUCAAGGACACAUACAAGAGAGGAUAGAAUAUCAAAGGAAGGAGGAAAACAGAGCUUGUUUGACUGGAGCAGAGAGAUAAAUAAAGCCUCAUAGUGCCUGCUGCAGACACCAGACACAGCCAUUAUGACCCAGGGCAAGCUUACAGUCGCAAACAAGGCUGCUGAAGCAGGAGAGAAGCAGUAUGGCACUUCUAGUGGAGAAGCAGGAGGGCCACCGGCCCCUCCCACCUAUGAGGAGGCCACUGGCGCAGGUGAGAAAGCAGGCAUCAGCGGCAGCCCCUGUUACAGUGGGGCUUAUCCUAGUGAUGGGGAGAUGCUCACAGAAUUCAGCUGGAGUGAUAAAAACAUCCGACGGAUCUUUAUCCGCAAGGUUUACGCCAUCUUGAUGAUUCAACUACUUGUCACUCUUUCCAUUGUGGCUCUCUUCACAUUUUGUGAACCAGUGAAGAACUACAUUCAGUCCAACCCUGGAUGGUACUGGGCUUCCUAUGCUGUGUUCUUUGUCACAUAUAUUACACUCGUCUGCUGUCCUGGACCAAGGAGACAGUUUCCAUGGAAUCUGAUCCUGCUCGCCAUCUUUACCCUCUCUCUCUCCUAUAUGACAGGGAUGCUAUCCAGUUAUUACAACACCAAGUCAGUGGUGAUGUGUUUGGGUAUUACUGCUAUGGUCUGUCUUACUGUCACUCUCGUCAGCUUCCAAACUAAGUUUGAUGUGACAUCAUGCCAAGGUGUAUUGUUUACCUUCUGCAUGGUCAUGAUGGUGUCUGGACUGGUCCUGGCCAUUGCAUUGCCCUACGGAUAUGUGCCCUGGGUGCAUGGUGUCUAUGGUGCCUUGGGAGCGUUACUUUUUACCAUGUUUUUGGCAUUUGACACCCAGCUACUGAUGGGGAACAAGCGCUACACAAUAAGUCCAGAGGAAUACGUCUUUGCCACUCUCAACAUCUACCUCGACAUUAUCUACAUCUUCUCCUUCUUCCUGUCCCUGUUCGGAACAGAGAGGACAAACUGAAUCCACCUCCAGGCCAGCAUCUCAGCUUUUCCAUCCAAACACGGCCCGUAUUCAUAGUCUCAGAGUGGUAGUGCUGAUCUAGGAUCGGCUUUGGCAUUUAGAUCACGGUGAAAAGUGUCAUACACACAGGGGGGGGGAUAUGAUCCUAGGUCGACACUACUCGGAGACACGGUAUGAAUACAGGCUCUGAUCUCACCAGAUGUACUGUACACAACCCAUUGAUCCACCACUUCUUCCCACAGUCUCAGCUUAGUGUGAUUUUCCUUCCCCCUCUAGCAUGAUAUGGACCUAUACUACUUUAUUGUCUGCUUAGCUGUCAAUCUCCAGAAUGUACAGUACUUUUCACCUAUAGGGUCGGCGAUCUAUAGAAUUACAUUGCUAACGGUAGAUAGGUGUGAAAAACACAUGCAAAACACUGAGUCUGUCUAAAAGCUAGAACUGUAGGUGUUUUUGUUUUAUGCAGAUGUGAUGUCCUUACUUUCUCCCGUCUUUUAACAACAGUCAUGAAUGACACUGCUCUACAGGAGCUUAUCACCUCUUAUGAAGAGGAACGUAAAAGUAUCUGCCCUGAAAGACAUGAAUAUCUUUCAGUGUAGCAACGUAGAUAUCAUUGUGCUUAGUUCAUCAGUAGUGCACUAGGCUAUAUCCAAUUCCAUCAGUGCAUAACACAUUGUGGUGACCCUCAGCUUUAGAGUAAAGCGAGAGAGAGUAAAGUAGUUCCUUUUUUUGAUCCAAACUUGGGAAAUUGUUUUAUCACACAAUAAAUCCAAAAAGGACAAGACACGUAUCCAUGACAAAAUAAAUUAAACACAUAUUAAGACAUGUAAAUCAAUGGCAUCUGUGCACAGCAAGUCUGUGGUUUGUUGUUUCUCCUCCAGUCUGUCAACUCUUAGCCUACUGGUUGAAAUCUCAAAGGAGCAUAAGAUCCGGAGCAUGCAGGCAAUUCAAUCCAAUUCUGAUUUCAUUUGAACGUAGGCAAAUUGCUUGGCUUUCCUUAGCUGCUUUAGACUAAACAUGAGUUAAUCUAGUUGCACUAAAACUGGAGAUGUAAUGCAAUCCUGUCAAUAUGAUGAGCCAUAGUCCAAUGAUGUCAGUAGGGGUUUACUCACCACCCUUCUCUUUCUUUGUAACAUUCGGUUCUGUAUUAUUCCCUCCAUGUUACAAUUUUCCAGUUUUUAUUUAUUUACAGAUAGGGAAAUAACAACGGGAGUCAUCCCACUGGGCACAGAUGUCAAUCCAAUGUCUAUUCCACAUUGGUUCAACGUCAAUUUGUUGAAAUGACGUGGAAACAACGUUGAUUCAACCAGUGUGCCCAGUGGAAUGUAUUUAGAAUCUAAAUAUAUGGCUCUGGGACUGGGUUAAACCAAUGAUUCGAUACAUAUGCUUUGCUAAGCAUGUUUUGGGGGCCAAUUUUGAAAAUCUUUACAAUGUGGGGAUGUGGAAAAUAUAUGUAUUUGCUCCAGUAGUUAGUUAUACAGUGCCCUCCAUAAUUAUUGGGACAGUGACACAUUGUUGUUGUUUUGGCUCUGUACUGUAGCGCUUAGGAUUUUAAAUUACACAAUGACCAUGAGGUUAACAUGCAGACCGUCAGCUUGAAUUUGUGGGUAUUUUCAAUCAUAUCGGGUGAACCAUUUAGAAAUUACAGCACAUUUUGCAUAUAGUCACCCCAUUUUAGGGGACCAAAAUUAUUGGGACAAAUUCCCUUUAUAUGUGUAUUAAAGUAGUCAAGUUUAGUAUUUGGUCGCAUAUUCCUAGCACGCAAUGAUUAAAUCAAGCUUGUGACUCUACACACUUGUUGGAUGCAUUUGCUGUUUAUUUUGGUUGUGUUUCCGAUUAUUUUGUGCCCAAUAGACAUUCAUGGUAAAUAAUGUAUUGUGUCAUUUUAGAAUCACUUUUGUUGUAAGUAGGAAAAUAAUAUGUCUCUAAACACUUCUACAUUCAUGUGGAUGCUACCAUGAUUACGGAUAGUCCUGAAUGAACCGUGAAUAACGAUGAGUGAGAAAGUUAGACGCACAAAUAUCAUACCCCCAAGACAUGCUAACCUCUCACCAUUACAAUAUCAGGGGAGGUAAUCAUAGUAGCAUCCACAUUAAUGUAGAAGUGUUUAGAAACAUUCUAUUCUUAUUUACAGUAAAAGUGACUCCGAAAUGACACAAUACAUGAUUUGCCAUUAAUUUCUAUUGGGCACAAAAUAAUCUGAAACACGACCAAAACAAACAGCAAAUGCAUCCAACAAGUUUGUAGUCAAAAGUUAAAUGUAAUUGUUGCGUGUUGGGAAUAUGGAACAAAAUACUACACUUUUGACUACUUUAAUCAAAUCAAAUUUUAUUGGUCACAUACACAUGGUUAGCAGAUGUUAUUAAGCGAAAUUCUUGUACAUAUAAGUGAAUUUAUCCCAACACGUUGGGUCCACUAAAAUGGGGGGGACCAUGUACAAAAAGUGCUGUAAUUUCUAAACGGUUCACCCGCUAUGCAUGAAAAUGCACUCAAAUUAAAGCUGACAGUCUUCACUUCUCACCUCAAAGUCGUUGUAUAAUUUCAAAUCCAAAGUGCUGGAGUACAGAGCAACAACCAAAUCACUGCCCCAAUAAUUACAGAGGGCAACUGUAAAUUGAUGGCUUAACCUCGUGGCAUAAUGUUUUUAUAGACACUGAAAGAGUUGAUAUUUUUUUGUAAAAGCAAAGAGUUUUGAUUAUUGUGACAAGAAAGAGUUAACUUUAAACAUGCGUGCAAACUUUCUUGAUGUGUACAUGGCAAGAAAAUAAUACUACAUUGUAUUUGGCCUGAAAAAAGCGUACAUAUAUUUUCUUAAUAAAACCCUGAAUGGUUCAUCUGUGUAUGAAAUAUGUGGCCUUGGAAUAGUCUUAUCUGAACAAACUGUACUUAAUUUGCUGUUGUAAAAAAAAUGUUUAUCUUGGUUAAGUGCGUUGAGUGUUAUUCCAUAGUGUGUUUAAAUAAUUUCUGUUUACAAUUCUUGCUGUAAAUAAAAUAAAAAAAUGUA